ACUCUGUCUGGAAGGAGCGGCGUAAAAUUUCACUUCCUGAAACUUAUAGGUAAAGAGGCAAACCAACGAAACAAAAGCUAGCACCUCGUACUCAGAACUAAAUAAAAUAUCCAAACGUAAGGUUUAGUAUCUUUUAUGUAAAUUCACGCGGUAUCCAGCGCACGGAAAAUAAGGGUCGCGUUUAAUGUAUCAAGCUUAUCCGUCGGAUCAAAGAAGGCGACGGUUUUAUUUACUGCCUUAGGAUGCCUCCGUUUUUAAUCGGACUGUUUCUGAGUGCCUCACUACUGCUCCAAAUUGGCUGUCCGGUGCGCGCCCAAGAGUGCUCAGUGAAGUACCAGGGUCGAGAAGACUUUGUGCUGGAAGCAAAUGAGUCGGUGAAAAAUGGGGGCGAAUUUUUCAGUUCCCCCAACGUACAGAGCGUACGCGAAUGCCUAAACUCCUGUUGCAAAAACCCAAAUUGCGAUCUAGCUUUGAUCGAGAAGGGACCAGAGGCGGAUACAAUCAAAGCUUGCUUCUUGUUCAUCUGUGUCUACAAGCAAAAGUAUGCUUGCAGGUUUGUGAAGAAGAAGGGCUUCAGCAGCUAUAUAUUGAGCUCUGUCUUCGCAAAGUACCUUGGUGCCCUGGAAGAGAUUCCUGGUGAUGAGGAUAAACACCCAAUCGCCAAUGGGGGGCCAGCUCGAGUGAUGCAACCAGGUCAGGUUCUGAUGCUGAACGGGCUUGAGAGUCGCGAUGACAAGGCAAUCAUCAGCUACAAGUGGAGCCUGCUCAAGGGGGACUCAUCAGCCGUCAUUAAGAAAACCGCAAUGGAUGACCAAGUGAUGGUGACCAACCUCAAGUCUGGAGUAUACGUGUUCCAGCUGAUCGUCACAGACUCGAUCGGCCAGUCAGACACGACACAGGUCAAAGUGCAUGUGCUGGACGCAGAGGAGUCUGACAGUUACUGUCGGGCCCCUCUGAAGAUUGGGCCCUGCCGUGCAGCCUUCCCUCGCUGGUACUAUGACCUCCAAGCCCAGGACUGCAAGCAGUUCCUUUUCGGUGGCUGCAGGGGUAAUCAGAACAACUACCUCUACGAAAAGGAGUGUUCCACCGCAUGUGAUGGAAUAGCAGCUUCAGCAAGCAGAAGUGCUCCUCUUCCGAAAGGUGAGGUGUGUGGCGCCCCCUGUGAGGCCGAGCAGUUCAACUGCGGGGACAACUGCUGUGUGGACGGGGAACCUGAGUGUGAUAAUGUGAACCAGUGCAGCAACGGCGUGGAUGAAAAGGCCUGCAGAAACUUGAAUUUAACCUUUGGCCGUCUGCUGGUGAUCCCUGUCAGCGAAGUGAAGGUGCGGCAGUGCUUCAAGUUUCCCCUGGUAAAGGCCCCCCCUGUCCCUGCAGCCCGCUGUACUGAGCCCCCUGAGACGGGCCCCUGCCGAGCCAGCAUGUCCCGCUGGUACUAUGACCCCCUCCAGGGGAAGUGCCUACGCUUCAACUUCGGAGGCUGCCGAGGCAACGAGAACAACUUUGCCGAAGAGGACAGCUGCAUGAACACCUGCCGAUCUGUGACAGAUAAGGACGUCUUCACGACUUACGUUGCUGGACGGUCAGGAGCUAGCACCGAUAAAGGCACGGCCGUCAUUGCUGUAGUUCUGGCCGUCGCCAUCCUGAUCUUGCUGGCCGUCUUGGGGUACUGCUUCGUCAAGCGCAAAAAGGAGCCGCCACGCCCGCCUGUGGCCGGAGCCACCCCGGUGUCCACCACCGAGGACACAGAGUGCCUGGUCUACAACAGCACCACCAAACCCAUCUGAGCCCUUGUGCCUGUGCCUGUCCCCCUCCCUCCUCCACUCUGUCCCCCCCGCAUCCCAUCCCACCCUGACCCAUCCAGACCUGGGUCAAAUAUGUGAUCGUGUUGGGUUCCAGCGCUUUCCUACCCUUUACUGAGCUUGUCUGGUGUAUUGGAACCUAUGAAAUACUGUAAAGUGUGAACCCCGCCGUAGCUCAGUUGCGCCAGGCAAGAUCAAUCAAGCGCAGAAAAGCAUUUGAAUCCGGAAAUGCUGCCAUUUUGUCCCUUCCGUAAACCUGUGAUGCCCCCGUCCCAACACCCUAAACGCACACUCAUACCCAGCAACCCCGGCUUGUUUUAACCUCCCUCUCCAUCGAUUGCAGAUACCCCCACUAUAUUUCUUUUAGUUAUUUUAGAGCCACUGCUGGGAGGCAUGGCAAGGAAACUGUUACAUCUGUAAAUAAGUGGGACUUAUUUAUUUUUAGAGUUUGAGUUUUCAGGGAUUUUUUUUUUUGUCCAUUCUUUUCCCAUUAGCUGAAAUGUUGAUACCUUCCACAUUGUAUCUGUCCAGUCAGUCUGUUGAAUACAAAUUCAUGAAUGAUAUAGUAUAUCUGUAUAAACCUUCAUCUCUAAAAUAGGGAUACUACCACUUUUUCCACUCGGGUUAUCUUGGUUUUUAACAACAUUUUAAAUGUGGAGGGUGUUUUUGAAAUGUGAGUUUAAUUGUACAUAAUUUUGUCUAUAUGAUGAGAAGGUAGACGGUUGUCAUUGUGAAUGCUUUGCCUUCCCAACACCCAGUGAAAACCACAGAAAAACCAAUUCAAAUUGGUAGCAUUUCAAAUUACUAGACACCAAAGUUGCAAUACCUUCUGUAUAUAGUGUUUUGUGUGUGUUGUUGAGUGGUUAUUAAAACUAACAGUGAAAUGUUGAUGUCACAGUCAAUUGCUCAGUGGAACUGAUGCUGAAGCAAAAUGUUUUGAUUGUAUUUGUUUAAGCUUAUUGAAGUCAUAUAUUCAUAAUAUGGCUCGGUUAUCAGCUGUUAGAAGAUUAAUAACAAAGCAUUUAUCUUUUAAAGCUUAAGAUGGUUUUUAUUUUCAAUAGAAUAAAGAUUUCCCACUUUGUGUAAA